AUGAAGGAUGUCGUUCCAUCGGAGUUCAAACUGAAACCACUUAUUUGGGAUGAUGAUUUGGAAGAGGAUGCUAGGCAGUGGGCGAAAAAGUGUCACAACUACACUGAGAUAUACGAUGGAUUACCUGUUGGCAAGUGGAAAUCAGUUGGUAAGAAUAUAAUGAUAGUAGUAGAGAAAUCCUAUGCCGUCACUGAAUGGAUGAAACAGGCGAAAAAUUACAAUCAUUCAACAAAUCGUUGCUUAACAGGAAAUUCCUGUGACAGCUACAAGCGGGUAGGUAAACUUAUCAAUUCCUUAUCAAUUAACAAACAUUACUACCUGCAGAUUUCAUCGUGUGGUCUGAUAUAG